AUGCUGUGGCCGACGAUGGCGGCGAGCUCAGAAGACGACGGUAAGCGGGCGAUGGAGUCCGCUGUCGGGACCGAGGGCGACUACGGCGAGACGUACGACGGAGGCGAGCUGGACAAUGCGUACGACGAAGAAGAGUACAACGAUGACGCCUACAACAUAUACGGGGCGCUCGACGGCACAGGAGCUGAGGGCGGUGGUAGCGAAGACGGCGAGGACAGCGAGGACAGCGGCGACGUGAUCAGCGGGAAUAGUGAUGAGGACGAAGACGGAGACGGAGACGGAGACGAAGACGAAGAUGAAGACGAAAACGAAGAUGAAGACGACGAGACGGACGGCCUCGAUGGCGACUACAGCAACAGACGGCAGCAGCGUCGGCAGCGGUCGAUGCGGAUGAGCAGGCCACCGGUACCGCAGCACAACUUUGCGCCACCGUUCUACGGACGACCGCCGACACCAUUGCCACCAUCGCCAUCGCUGACAUCGCUGUUGCGGCCGUCACGGCCGACGACGCCAGACGCGACGGACGACGAGCUGGAGCCGGUGCCGCGGGCUGCACCGCAGGUGCCGACGUACGAGUACUACGGGUUUGUGCUGUACCUCUUUUCCAGCAUGACGUUCCUGAUGUACCUGUUGUGGAGCUACCUGCCGAGUCCGUUUCUGCACGGGCUGGGCAUCUACUACUACCCGAACCGGUGGUGGAGCCUAGCGAUCCCGAGCUUCCUAGCCAUGAGCCUAGCGUACACGUACGUGGCACUGGCCAGCUACAACACGGAGAUCCUGACGCUGCCGCUGAGUAGCAUCGAGACGAUAGUCGAUGGGGCCGCCAAGAUGGCCGCCGUCGAUGACAGCGGACGCGUCGUCGUCAUUGGCGGGCCCGACGGCCGACGGCUGCAACCCAAGGGUGUUGGUGUUGCUGGUAGGGGUGAGACCAGUCGUCGAGCAGUCGGAGACGUCGCUGCCUCGUCAACGCAGCCAACAGCCUUCCACUAUCGCCAGCCGUCGUCGCCAUCGCCACCACCCGGAGGGCUGGCCGGCUGGCAAGAUCGCCAGGCCGGGGCCAGCGGCAGCAACAGCAGCACGCGUCACAGCAAGAACAAAGCGAAGACGGGACGACGAGACGGCGGAGACAAGCACGGAGAGAGGCGGAACGGCCUGAUGAUGGGCAGUGGCCGACAGGCGUGGAAACGGCACCAGUCCGACAGCCACAAAGCCCAAGGCGCGGGAAAGCCCUGUAGACCGGACUGGAACAGCCUCUGGAGCGAGGGGACGGACGCGGUCAUGGACAUCCCGCUGGCGGGCGUCUGCGAGGUGCUGUAUGCAUAG